AAAAAAAGCUUACAAAUAUUUUAUAAAUUUAAUUCCAACUCGAAAUUCAAAGCAAGAGUAUUCAAUCAUUAUUUCGAUAUUUCAAUAAAAAAUAUGGCAUUUUUAAAAAAUUUAUACCUCUUCUUAGCUUCUAUAGCUAUUUGUUCGGUAAAUGGAUUCCACAAUUCAGCAAUUUUAACUGAUGUUGGAGAAAUACGAAAUACGACAAAUGGUGUAUGGGAAAUAACCUGUAAAGUUUUAAGUUCUCAAAGAAAUGUUAUAUAUAAUAUAGAAACACAGGGUUCAGAAGUAAGAUACAAUUCCACUGAUAGUUAUCCAUAUUAUAUGUACAUAAAUUCAAAUGACCUACAUUACUAUUUUAGUAUAAAGAAAUUUAGAAGUUAUUAUCAAAGUGAACCAGUUGUGUUUAGUAUAUCCCAUGCGGAAUCAAAUACUAAUAUUACUUUUGAAAUACAAGCAACAAAUGUAACAUUACGUUUCAAAAAUUCAACAAAUGAGUAUAAUGAUUUCGUGGAUCAUAAAUAUGUUAUAUUGCCAUUAGAUUCAAAAACUGGUUUCUAUAUACAACAAUUUAAGAAUGAUAUGAUAGGUUUAGGUCACACUUAUUACGGUCGUCUUAUAACUGCUUUCGUAAGAAAUGCAACUUCGGAAUUACAAUUGAAAAUACAUAAUCAAUUUUCUGCUCCUGCAGAAUGGUACUUGAAUUCAACUGAAAAAGCAAUGGAACGAAUUCAUGUUGAUAGAUAUAAUACAUACUGUUGGGAUUCAUCAAAUAAAACUAAUAACGAUACCGGUAAUAAUAAUAAGACCGUAACAGAUUUUACAAUAAUGAUUGAUACACAAUAUAAAUUUAAUCAAACAAUGAUGUUAGAUUUAUACAAAUUGAAAUUUUUGCAAGAUAAUGAAGUAACCAAAGAAUAUCUUACUGAAUAUUUCUCUGAUAUUAAAGACAAUUAUAUUAUGAGUAAGGAAUUGCACAAAAAAAUCUUAAGAAGUAAUCGUUUAAGCCGUUUCGAAAUUACUGUUAAAAAUAAAUAUUUAAAAAAUAAUGUUUUCCUACAAAUUAGAGAAAUGUAUUUUGAACUUGUCAAAUCAAUUGAAUUUAAUUUGAGUAAAUUCAAAUAAGUAGAAAUGUGUGUACGCAAUAUGCACUAAACACUUUAUGUAAAAAAAGAUGAACAAAAUUUUCAAAAUUAUAUUUUAUUGUGAAAUAAAAGAAUUGUAUAAGAA